GAUCUCUACAACAUGCGCAUUUUCUAGCUGAAUCACUAACAAACGGCAAUCGCUAAGCGUAGUUUUUUGAAGGUUAGCUACAUUUUGUGACUCCCCCCCAUACUGUCUAUGCUUUCUCCGCCUCGAGCUUAGCCCGACUCCAAAAAAAACAUGUUUACGGGGGUUAUCAGCAAUGGAGAACCCGAUUAAGUUACAGCACGACAGAGUGGUUUAAACGUUGGCUUUUAAAUGUGGCAACAUAACUAAAAUGGGUGAAGACGCCUCUCUUUCACAACCACACUGGCAGCUAAAGUAGAGGUGGGCAGGAUGGGGGAGCGGGCCGUCAGCAGCUCGGUGGCUGCUAUCUCUCCAGUGCAGCAGAUGCUGGCUUCUGGCACCGGAGCCCUCCUCACAUCUAUUUUUGUCACACCGCUGGACGUUGUGAAGAUCAGACUGCAGGCUCAGCAAACACCGUUCCACCAAGCUUUAGCGUGUGAAUCAGCUCCGUGGGGGGGCGUCAUCCGCCCGUCCAAGUGGAAAUGUUUCCUGUAUUGUAACGGACUGAUGGACCACAUCUACGUGUGUCAGAAUGGGACCAGUUGCACCAGCUGGUACAAAACACCAACACAUUUCAGUGGGACACUUGAUGCGUUUGUGAAAAUCUCUCGACAUGAAGGACUCCGGUCUCUGUGGAGUGGACUACCACCAACACUGGUUAUGGCUGUACCUGCCACUAUCAUCUACUUCACCUGCUACGACCAGCUGCGGGACUUCCUGAGAUACGGUCUGGGUUUCCAGGGCAGCCACAUCCCUCUGGUUGCUGGGGGUCUGGCCAGAUUGGGGGCAGUGACGGUGAUCAGCCCUCUGGAGCUGGUCAGGACCAAGAUGCAGUCCCGCCGGCUGUCCUACAGCGAGCUGCGGGUGUGUAUCCGCUCCGCUGUGGCUCAGGACGGCCUGCUGUCCCUGUGGAGGGGCUGGGGACCCACCGUCCUCAGAGAUGUCCCCUUCUCUGCGUUGUACUGGUUCAACUAUGAACUGGUGAAGGCCCGGUUGUGUCAACGGUCCCGAAUGACUCAGGCCAACUUCUCCAUCAGCUUUACUGCGGGAGCCAUCUCUGGAGCUAUUGCUGCGAUCUUGACGCUGCCUUUUGACGUGGUGAAGACACGGAGACAGAUCCAGCUUGGAGAAAUGGACACUCUGGGAGUUUCCUUAAAGAAAACCACGUCCACUUGGCACAUAAUGAAGGGGAUAUGGGCUGAGAUGGGCUACAGGGGUCUUUUUGCAGGUUUCAUGCCCAGGGUGAUCAAAGUGGCCCCAGCCUGCGCUGUCAUGAUAAGCACCUAUGAGUUUGGAAAGACCUUCUUCCAAAAGAUGAACCUUGAUCGCGAGGGACUGGGAUCCUGAAGGCUGUGUCUGGACGGUGCUGGGUGAUUGUUCACAGCGGCACAUUCAGACAGUGUUAUCAGGACAAAGUCUUCUCAAACAGAAGCUUGAGGAACAGGGAGGCCUGCAUUUGGUUUUGUGUGAACAUAAAAUAUGAAGAUUCACACACAAAUCAGGAAUGUUUCUACUUUCAGAUCUGCUCUCUGGAAAUACAGAUAGAUAAGACUUGACACAACUUACAUCCAUGAACUGAAUAACAAGCUUGGACAACUAGCUUGGAGCUCGAGCCACAGACUGAAUGCGUGUUGAUUAGUAAACUUUAAACUGGUAUCUUGAAAAAUAAAAGAGCUUUCCAAUGCUUAAGCAAAGGGACAAAUUAUACGGAUCGCACCUCUGGGCACAUUUUAAAUGAUAACCCGGCUCAGGACAGUGGUGUGUGGUUUAAUGCUUGAUGGGAAAAUGUAAAGCCUCUUAAGGGCUAAACUGCAUCAGAACUGAAGCAUGGACACAAUGUCAUCACUCAGGCAUUUAUUCUGCAUUGCCUGAGACCAACUGCAUGGUGUAUACAACCCUCUCUACAGAAUCCAGGUACGCUGGUAUGUUCCUUUACUGCAUUCUCCUGCAUUCCUGUAGCGGUGAAGCAUGGCAAUUUUGACAUCUGACAAGAUUACUGACACAUCUGUUUGUGGUCUGGAUAGAUUUGAUUACUUGUGACAAGCGCUGUGAAAUGAAAUCAUAAAGAUAAGAACAUGUUUUUAUGUUUGUUGAAUGUAUGUCUCAUAAAUGGACGCUAAACCACAGUAUAUGAAACACAAGGCCUGAUGGCAAAAUUAAAGCAAGCCUUGGAAGAUAUGUUUUCAUUGGUAUGUUACUUUACCCUUUUAACAACAAAUAAGUCAACAUUUUGUGAAAGUUGCUGUAGCCAGCUUCCCAAGAACACACAGAUUUAGUUAAAACAUUUUUAAGACUUUUUAUGUAAAAAAAAAAAAACUUCCUUAACAUCCCCUUGUUGAUAUGCUGGUGAUGAAAUGCUUUGAGUAUUUACCCUAUUAUAUACAUAACAUCAAAAAAUGUUACAACACUGGAACAUAGAAAAAAAAACAUUGCUGCCUUAACCUGAAAGGUGUACAUUUCUUGCUUUUUCUUUUCUUU